AUGUCUUCUGGGGACGUCAAGAUUCAUUCGCACCGGCGCUCCUCUCCAACACCCGAGAUUAAAGGGGCGCGAAUUUCUCAGGUUACCAUGGCACAACAUUAUGACGGAAAUAUCUCUAUUCCAGGAUGUGAUAAGAACAUGCCGGGAUGCUUGAUGGCGGCCUUGCGUCAUAACCGACCGACCAUUCUCGUAUAUGGCGGAACUAUUCAGGCUGGUAUUCGACAUGUAGACUGUCCUGCGCUCGGCUAUAAAAAGGGGGAUACAGUCAACAUCGCCGACGCAUUUGAGAGCUUUGGUGCAUACAAGACGGGCCAGAUUUCUGAUGAAGAGCGAUUUGAUGUCGUCCGUCACGCGUGCCCCGGGGCGGGAGCGUGCGGUGGAAUGUAUACUGCCAACACGAUGAGCUCUGUUCUUGAAGUCCUUGGCAUGAGCUUGCCGUAUUCGGCUUCUAUUCCUGCAGUUUACCCUGAAAAGACGCAGGAAUGUUUCCGCGCUGCUAAAUACAUGAAGAACCUGUUGGCAAAAGAUAUAAAACCAAGGGAUAUUGUCACGAAAAAAGCCAUUGAAACGCUAUCACGGUGGUCAAUAUCAUCGGAGGAUCAACAAACGCGAUUUGUUAUGGAAGACCUACACAAAGCCGGUGGUAUCCCUGCACUUCUCAAGUAUCUCUUGAAUCAUACCGACCUCAUCGAUGGAUCGCAAAUGACUGUCACUGGGAGAACUCUAGCCGAGAACCUUGAAGACGUUGAGGAAUUGAAGUUUGGAGAGGGCGAGCAACAGGUCGUGAUGCCCAUUGAGAAACCGAUCAAGCCAACUGGCCACUUGACAAUUUUGAGAGGAAACUUGGCGCCUGGGUCGGCUGUGGCCAAAUUGACCGGAAAAGAAGGAUUAUUCUUUGAGGGAGUCGCCAAAUGCUUUGAUGUUGAAGCUGAUUUCUAUCCCGCGCUGGAGCGAGGAGAAAUCAAAGCAGGACAAGUGGUAUCUUUAGGUACCAAGGUCCCAAAGGUAGCCUGGUAUGCCAGAGGGCCCACUGGUGCAAUUAUGGGAGCUUCAAGAGGAUUUAUUAUUGGCCAUGUCACUCCUGAAGCCCAUCUUGGCGGCCCGAUUGCUCUAGUAGAAGACGGAGAUAAAUUACGGUUGAUGCGCAUAAGCGCACCAUAG